AUACAACUGAAUUCAUUCCGCGGCAUAUAUCCAAAUUAUUUAGAUAGGAUGUCGAGUUUCUUAGAGCAGCUGCCGAUCUACACAUCCCCGUUGUUUUUUGGUGCGGCAUUUCUACUGUUCAGAUGGUACAAUUCUCCAUCCGCAUGCUCCAAGAAACUACCACCAUCACCACCAAAGUUGCCGGUUAUCGGCAACCUCUACCAGCUUGGUGCACUCGUCCACCACUCCUUUUUAUCUCUGUCCAGACGUUAUGGUGACUCACUCAUGCUCCUCUACAUCGGCUCAGUCCCAAGCCUGGUGGUCUCGUCAACUGAAGCAGCUCAUGAAAUCAUGAAAACACAUGAUAUAGCAUUUGCCAGCAGGCCCAACACAAGGAUGUUCAGGACGAUCUCCUACAAUCUCAAGGAAAUCACAGCGGCUCCUUAUGGUGAAUACUGGAGGCAAGCAAAGAGCAUUCUGACUCUCCAGCUUCUAAGUAACAAAAAGGUCCAAUCUUUUAAUCGGUUGAGGGAGAAGGUAAUUGCCGAUUGUGUAGAUAAGAUAACCCAGUGUUUCUUGUCUAACAAUCCUGCCGACUUGAGCGACUUAUUUAGCUCACUUACAAACGAUAUUACUUGUAUGGUGACGUUUGGGAGAACGUAUAAUGAAGGGGAGAUUGGCAAGAAAUUCAAGAAGAUCUUGCAAGAGUUCUCGGAGGUGUUGGGUAGCUUUUAUUUUGAGGACUCUAUUCUUCAGCUUGCUGUAGUUGAUCGUCUUAGAGGUCUCACUGCUAAAGUAGAUAGAGUCGCAGCAGAUUUCGAUGAAUUCCUGCAAGGCGUGGUGGAUGAGACCAUAACCAAGGUAAGCAAUAACCCUGAUCGAAUUGGUGAAGAUGGCGUGGAAACCUUCAUUGAAGGACUGCUCAAGGUUCAGAAGGAAGAUAUUAAUGGCAUCACCAUCGAUUCAGAUGUCAUUAAAGCACUCCUCUUGGAUGCAUACGUCGCUGGUACAGAUACAUCAUCUUCAGUACUCGAAUGGGCAAUGACCGAGCUUCUGUUACAUCCGGAUAACCUGAAGAAAGUCCAGGAUGAGGUAAGGAGGGUCCUUAAAGGAAAGAAAGAUAUAAGCGAUGAAGAUCUUGACCAGAUGAGGUAUCUUAAAGCUGUGAUAAUGGAAACCACCCGCCUCCAUCCUCCCCUUCCCAUUCUACCACCUCGAGUCGCACGACAUGAUGUGAACGUUAUGGGGUAUGAUAUCGCCGAAGGGACGAGAGUAUACGUGAGUGUUUAUGCAAUUAUGAGGGAUCCUAAAGUAUGGGAGAAUGCUGAAACGUUUCUUCCAGAAAGGUUCUUGGAGUCGUCUAUUGAUUUCGUAAGGCACAAUUUCGAGUUACUCACGUUUGGUGCUGGACGAAGGAGUUGCCCUGGAAGGGUAUUUGCCAUGGCCAUCAAUGAGAAGGUUCUGGCUACUGUUCUAUCGAAAUUUGAUUGGUCGCUACCUCAGGGUGUAAUGCCAAAGGACGUCAACAUGGAUGAAACUUUUGGUCUGGCUAAUCACAGAAUGGUUCCAUUACUUGCUCACGGAAAACCUGUCUCCAUUGUUAGUUCUUAAUUAACUCUGAUUUUGAUGAUAUGAUCGAUAAUAUCAAUAAGUUAAUUAGCAAACCCACGGCAGCAUAAUCCAAACGUCUCGUACGUACUCGUUAGAUUCGAAAUCAUUGUAAUUUCUUUUGGUAUCAAUAAUAAUGUUUUGGAUG